AUGUUGUGUCCAUCAAAUAAAUUCGCUCUUACACUCAAUCAAUACUUUGUUGAAAAAGUCAUACCACGUAAGAAUUCAAUUUACAAAGCUGUCAGAGAAGUAUCGAAAGUUGUUACUGAAGUUUUACAAGAAGUCGAAGCACAAGAACCAAGAUUUAUUUCAUCAUUAAAUGAAACUAAUGGUCGUUUUGAAGGUCUCACUGUUAAAUCAGAAACUGAAUUCGAAGUUGUUCUCUAUUUGAAUCAAAUGGGUGUGUUUAAUUUUGUUGACGAUGGUACAAUACCUGGUUGUGCCGUUCUAAAAUUAUCCGAUGGUCGUAAACGUUCGAUGUCACUUUGGGUCGAAUUUAUAACUGCAAGUGGUUAUUUAUCAGCGCGUAAAAUUCGUUCACGAUUUCAAGCUCUGGUUGCACAAUCAUGCGAAAAAUGUCCAUGCCGAAGUUAUGUACAAUUAUUAACUGAUACAUCAGAAGUACGUCUUCGUAUACGCGAUAAAUUUAUUGUGCAUAUUGUACCAGCAUUUCGUUGUGCUGGCUUAUGGCCACGUUCAGCUUCUCAUUGGCCAUAUUCAUCAACACAAUUUUCCAUUUGGCCUAGUCCAAAUCAAGUUAACAACGUUAAAAAUGAGGGUUUUAAUAUUCUAUCGAAAGAAUCAAUUUAUAUGAAAGAUAAACAAGCGAGUUCAGAAGGUGAUGCAUGGAUAAUGUCAUUCACAGAAGCCGAAGACCAUCUACUACAAAAUGGUACCAGGCGUAAAUGUCUUUCAAUUUUGAAAACAUUAUGUGAUCGUAAUUUUGAUGCAACACCAGUAACAAAUUAUGUAUUGAAAUCUUUAAUUUUAUAUGAAUGUGAAAAACAUCCAAACGAACACGAAUGGUCUGAUGAACAAACAUUAGGCGAUCGUCUUAAUGGUAUUUUAUUACAAUUAAUAUCGUGUUUACAAUGUCGCAAGUGUCCACAUUAUUUUUUACCUAGUGUAGAUUUAUUUAAAGGUAAAUCUGUCCAAUCAUUGGAUUGUGCUGCUAAACAAUGUUGGCAAUUAACUCGCGAAAUGCUUAUUAAUAGACAAUGUUUUGAUAAGUUAUAA